AAUAAGCACAGGACAGGACCCUCUCUCUUAGUCAAAGCGUUGAUUUCUUUCCAUCCUCUCGUACGUCCCUGUCCAUUGUGUCGUGUUGGACCCGCCCAGCUGCAGCUGGAAAAGCACGGCGAAGGAGAAUGGCAGGCAGGUGGUGGAAGAUCGCGGCGGCGGUGGGGGCAAUCGCGGCGGCGAGUGAGGCCAACAGGCGUUACGGAUGGGACAAGGACACCGCCCUCAAAGCUUUCGAGGAAAUGUCCGAAAGGCUGGGCGUUUGGGCCAUCCCCGUCUACGUGGCGGUCCACACCCUCACCCUCGCCCUCUGCCUACCCUACGCCGUCUUCUUCGAGGCCGGCGCCUCUCUCAUCUUCGGCUUCUUCACCGCCGUCCUCUGCGUCUUCGCCGCCAAGGUGCUAGGCGCAUCCCUCUCCUUCUGGAUCGGCAGGCUAGUGUUCAGGAAUUCGAGUUCGGCUAUGGAAUGGGCCCAAAGAAACAAGUACUUCCACAUGCUUUCCAGAGGAGUGGAACGAGAUGGGUGGAAAUUUGUGCUUCUCGCCCGAUUCUCGCCUAUCCCUUCUUACGUCAUAAACUACGCCCUGGCAGCUACUAAUGUGGGGUUUGUGCUGGAUUUUCUGCUUCCAACAGUUAUUGGUUGCCUUCCAAUGAUCUUACAGAACACAUCCAUCGGGAGCCUAGCUGGUGCUGCCGUGACCAGAGCUUCAGGCUCCAGUAAAUCCCGGAUUUGGUCUUUUGUUUUUCCUCUUCUCGGGAUAUUAUCGAGCAUCCUGAUUUCUUUGAGAAUCAAGAGCUACUCUAGUGGUAUCGUGGCUGAUGAAUCCUCAGGAACCAGGUCCGGUGAAGACCAGAGUAACACUCCAGGCUCAUCCCAGCAAGAAAGUAAGGACAGAAGGAAGAGCGAAUGAAACUGCAAAACAUAGUAAAGGCUAACCCCCAUGGCGUGAUACUCUCUUCUUGUUAGCAUACAAGAAGAUUUCCUUCUUUCAUUAUUUUCCCCCAUUGAUUAUUAUGUAUUGCUACACUGUUUAUGAAUCCAUAGGUCUGAUCUGAUCUUCUAUAUAGAAAUGGUCUUGUAUUAACAAUUCGGCCUUC